AUGUUGACACCCAACGUCACUUGGCUGGACAUAUGUCUUGCUGGUAUCGGAGCAUAUCUGGUCAAGCAGGUGUUGAACAAGAAUCCUGUAUCAUAUCCCCCCGGCCCCCGUGGGUGGCCACUCGUCGGGAACAUUCAAGACAUGCCUCAAAUCAAACCUUGGCUCACCUUUGUGGAGUGGGGUGCUAUCUCGCAUAUUGAGGUUCUGGGUCAGCACAUCGUUGUGUUAAACUCAGUCAAGAGUGCGGUGGACAUGUUGGACAAGAAAGGCACUGUGUACUCUGACCGUCCUGUUCUGCCUAUGGGCGGCGAACUUGUUGGCUGGAAGCACGCUUUGGGUCUUCUCCCAUAUGGUGACCGCUUCCGCCAGUAUCGCAAGAACAUCCACCAAAUCUUGGGCAAUCGUGCUGCUUUGGAUGUGUACUACCCGAUCGAGGAGAUUGAGACUCGCCGAUUCCUGAAGCGUGUGUUUUUGAACCCUGAGCAACUGCAAGCCCAUGUUCGACACACCGCUGGCGCUAUCAUUCUGCGAAUCUCUCAUGGUUAUGAAGUGAAGGAGAACAACGAUCCACUUAUCGACGUUGCGGACCGCGUUAUGGACCAAUUCUCGCGGUCCACUGCUCCCGGCGCCUUCAUUGUUGACAUUGUGCCACUCUUGGCCGACGUCCCCGAGUGGUUUCCUGGUGCUGGCUUCAAGCGCUUGGCCCGUGAAUGGCGCCAGAACCUGAAAGAGAUGGUUGAUGUACCAUACAAGUUCGUUAAGGAACAGAUGGAUGCUGGCAUUGCCCCGAUAUCUUUCACCUCGAAUCUGUUGGAAGGCCGUACUUUGUCUGCUGUUGAGGAUCACAUAGUGAAAUGGUCUGCUGCAUCCUUAUACGCUGGUGGUGCCGACACAACAGUUUCUACAAUAUACUCGUUUUUCCUUGCUAUGACACUGUUCCCUGAUGCGCAGAAGAAGGCCCAGGCUGAAAUAGAUGUUGUUGUUGGUCCUGAUCGUCUUCCCUCCUUCGCAGACCGCGACUCCCUCCCUUAUACUGAGGCGCUUGUGAAAGAAGUCCUUCGUUGGAAUGUUGUCGGCCCUCUCGCUAUCCCGCAUUGCGUUACCGAGGACGAUAUCCAUGACGGGUACCACAUCCCGAAAGGUUCUUUGGUAAUACCUAACAUUUGGUUCAUGCUCAAUGACCCGCGGACAUAUGCUAACCCCUCGCAAUUCAACCCUGAACGCUUCUUGGAUAAUAACGGAAAAGAUCCCGAUCCCGAUCCUCGUACGAUCUGCUUUGGUUUUGGUAGGCGUAUCUGCCCCGGUCUCCACCUCGCUGAUGCCUCCGUCUGGAUAUCUACCGUGAUGUCACUCGCAGUGUUUGAUAUCUCCAAGGUCGUCGAGAAGGGUGUUGAGAUUACCCCUGAAGUUGACCAUACAUCAGGCACGAUCAGCCACCCCAAGCCGUUCAAGUGCUCUAUUAAGCCUCGUUCUGCGAAAGCUAUUGCGCUCAUUCAACAGGAUGCUAACUACUAAGGACACGAAGAUGAUUCUCGUCAAUCUAUCUGUUAUGUACGAUAUUGUACCUAUAUUUCUGUUUCAUCU